AUGGCGCCAAACGGAAAACUGGGAUUCUAUCGCUUACCGAUGUCAUCAGUUCUGCUCUCCUCAAUAGGAAUACUGUCUUCUCUAAAAUCUUCAAUCGACUCUGAUGAUGUCAUCACCAAGAAUGAGCAGAUCUACCUUCUGAUUGGUGCUAGGGCCAAGUGUGAGAGGAGCAUUCGUGCCCAGAUCAGCUCAGUGAAGGAGAAUGAGUGUGUACCUGAGUGGGAUGGCAUCAUCUGCUGGCCUCGAGGACAGCCUGGUCAGCUGAUGUCUGUUUUAUGUCCAGCGUACAUCUACGACUUCAACCACAGAGGUCAUGCAUAUCGGCAGUGUGACACACUGGGGAGGUGGGAGCAGGUGGCCAGCAUCAACCGCACCUGGGCAAACUACACCGAGUGCACCACAUACCUGCUCGCCAACCCCGGCAACCAGGAGGAGGCGGUGUUUGAGCGUCUGCACCUCAUGUACACGAUUGGCUACUCCAUCUCUCUGAUCUCUCUCCUGGUCGCUCUCUUCAUUCUGUGCUACUUCAAGCGCCUCCACUGCACGCGCAACUACAUCCACAUCCACCUCUUCACGUCCUUUGUGUGCCGCGCCGUCAGCAUCUUCGUCAAGGACGCCGUCCUCUACACCGUAUCAGAUGAAGCCAAGUCUGAGGACGACGCCGUGGGACAGAGGCCUCACAUGGUUGGCUGUAAGGUGGCGGUGACUCUGUUUCUGUACUUCCUGGCCACCAAUCACUACUGGAUCCUGGUGGAGGGGCUCUACCUGCACAGCCUCAUCUUCAUGGCCUUCCUCUCAGACAAGAGCUACCUGUGGGCCCUCACCAUCAUCGGCUGGGGUGUUCCUGCUGUCUUUGUGUCCAUAUGGGUCAGUGCUCGAGCAUCUUUAGCGGAUACACAGUGCUGGGAUAUCAGUGCAGGCAACCUGAAGUGGAUCUAUCAGGUGCCCAUUCUGGCCGCCAUUGUUGUGAACUUCUUCCUGUUCCUCAACAUCAUCCGGGUGCUGGCCUCUAAGCUGUGGGAGACCAACACGGGCAAACUGGACCCCCGACAGCAGUACAAGAAGCUGCUGAAGUCGACUCUGGUGCUGAUGCCGCUGUUCGGGGUGCACUACAUGGUGUUCAUGGCGCUGCCCUACACGGAGGUGACGGGGGUGCUGUGGCAGGUGCAGAUGCACUACGAGAUGUUCUUCAACUCCUCACAGGGCUUCUUUGUGGCAUUCAUCUAUUGCUUCUGCAAUGGCGAGGUGCAGGCGGAGGUGAAGAAGGCCUGGUUAAGGCGAAGCCUGGCGCUGGACCUGAAGCAGAAAGCUCGCGUCACCAGCAGCGGAGGCGGCGGGAGCUGUUACUACGGCGGCAUGAUGUCCCACGCCACCACCCAGAGCGUCUGCCUCAGCGUGAGCGGGACCAAGGGCCUCCCGCUGAUGGGCGGGGCUGGCGUCGGGAGCAAAGGUCAACCCCGCCUCCCCUCCCUCCACCACACCCUCACCAACCUCCCCGGUUACGUGCCCAGCGACACGGAGAUGCCCAUGGUUCCCACGGUGACGCAGCAGGAGCUGGUGCUGAGGCGGGCGGUCCAGGUGGGCAUCCUGGCGCCCCCUAGUGUCGGCAAGGAGGAAGGUCAAAGGUCACGUGAAGCGGAGAGGAAGGUGGAGGGGGAGCCUGAACCCUUACUUCUGGCGGAAGAGGACCGGUCAAGCUCGGUCUCGAUCAAGGAGCUGGAGACCAUUCUGUGA